UCCAUGGAUGGUAAUAAGGGAAGUUAGCCAGGUACCUACCCAAUUGGGCAGCCUUACAAAAUAUGGAGGUUGUUUAUAUGCAUGUACAUACGUACCUGGGGCGGGAUGCAGUCGUCCAUACUAAAACGGAGCCUUAUGACGAUAUCGUGCGUACAAAGCUUACGACAUCGAUCACACGCAGGGUAGUGCUGUAAUGUUCUACUUCUUGGAGUCAGCAGACCUCAUUGGUUCUCUCUACGGCGGGGAAUGUGAUUAACGCAUAUCGGCAACGACGAUUAAAGCUCCAGCAACCUCAAGUCUAUCGUGAAGUCGCCAGGCUGAUUACACAUUCGUCAUGGCAUCCUGGGUUGGCGGUCGAUCUGGAGGGACUCCAUCACAACUUGAGAGCGUCGUCCGCGCCAUUCGACGCACGCCCAUCAUCGACAACCAUGCACAUCCUCUCCUCAAGCCUGAAGCUCUCAGCCAGCACCCGCUUCUAUCAAUUACAACCGAGGCAUCUGGCGACGCUAUCGAUGCUUCUCUCACCAGUCUGGCUCAUCUUCGAGCCGUCAAGCAGCUUGGCACCCUUUUGAGCUGCAACCUGACCUGGGAGGCCGUCGUCGCCGCCAUUGAGCAGAGGCGUAUUGAGUCCCCUGAGGACUGGAACGCUCAGUGUCUCGAUGGCAUUGAGACCAUUCUCAUCGACGAUGGACUCGACAACGAGGAUGACGUUUAUCAGUACUCGUGGCAUGAUGACUACACUCGGAGCAACUGCAAGCGCAUUGUCCGCAUCGAGGCCGUGGCUGCCAGCAUCAUCAAUCGGCACCUCCUGUUGCUCGACACAUCAACCCGAGCAGUCGACAAUGUCUUCGACCAAGUAGUCGACGAAUUCGAUGACAACAUCAGAGCAGCCAUUGACCAUCCCGAUGUUGUCGCGUUCAAGUCCGUCAUCUGCUACCGCACAGGGCUUGAUAUUCCGAGAGCUGUCGACGUUUCCACCGCCCGAGAGUCACUUAUCAGCAUCUUCAACGAUUUCCAAGGCCCAGGACCAUUCAAGAGACUCCAGCAUGACGGUCUGAACGACCUCUUUGUCCACCGUGCAGCCACGCUGAUUCAACAGAGCGCAUCGCGCUGGAAGAAACCAAUCCAAUUCCACACAGGUCUUGGUGACAACGACAUCACCCUGACUAGAGCGUCGCCGUCUCACCUCCAGGAAUUCAUCCGGGAAUACCCUACUGUCCCCAUCGUUCUUCUACACGCCAGCUAUCCCUUCACCCGCGAAGCCGGCUACUUGGCCAGUGUCUACGCCAAUGUCUAUGCUGAUAUCGGUGAGGUGUUCCCAUUCGUCAGCCUCGAUGGCCAGGAGAGCGUUGUCCGCCAGAUCCUCGAGCUCUGCCCGUGGUCAAAAGUGCUAUGGAGCACCGACGGGCAUUGGUUCCCUGAGACUUACCUGCUGGCUAUCGCCCAGGUCCGCGAAUUGCUGGAAACUAUUUUAUGCGAUUAUGUCCGUACAGGGCAGAUAGGCUGGAAAGCCGCAAUCGAGCUUGUCCGUGACAUCCUGUUUCGGAACUCAAACAAGCUGUACCAUCUGGAAUUGGAUUUCGCGGAGCUGGCUGAGGAGCCCUCGGGCAACUUGGAGGUCAACAGAUAUCUCACCGACCUGGACUUGCUCCGGAACUUCCUCCGGGGCCAAAGCACGCCUGACUUUGUGAGAAUCUGUUGGAACGAUCUUACUGCGAGCCCAAGGAUGAGGAUGGUGCCCAUGAGGAAGUUCAUGUCUUUGCUAGACGAAGGUAAAUCCACGGAUAUCGGAAUCACCAAGGCUGCUCUCUGGCUGCUGCAAAACGACUGGCCCGUCCCAGGCAUGGUCGCGACUGGCGAAUACCGGCUCCACCCCGAUUUCUCGUCCCUGAGACUCGGCCCUCUCAACGGGCAUAUCAGCAUGCAGGGAGACUUCCGUGAACAGGACGGUUCCAGGAUCCCAUUCUGCCCUCGCUCACUCCUCCAACGUGCGGUGGAACUUGGCGCCGAGAACGGCCUCACGUAUCUCCUGGGCUUCGAGAUCGAGUUCCUUCUACUUGAACGCCUAGACGGACGGGAGCCGAAUCGAUAUCGCACUCUACUUACAGACGGACAUGCCUGGUCCGCCUCGCGGUCCCUUACCGACCCAAGGGUUUCCGCCCUGUUGAGAAACAUGGUGGGAGAGCUUGCCGUCAUGGGCAUCCACGUCGAGCAGCUGCAUGCCGAGAGCGCAACCGGACAGUUUGAGCUCAUUCUGCCACAUCUGCCGCCUGUGGAGGCGGUCGAUACCCUCCUUCACGCGCGGGAGGUCAUGUCGGCAUUGGCGACAGAGGCCGGCUUCCGCAUGACCCUCUAUCCUAAGCCAUUUGCGAACGCCUGCGGCACGGCAUCCCACGUCCACAUGUCCAUCUCCUCGCCCCAGGGCUCAAAACCGGAGGUCUACGAGAGUUUCUACGCGGGGAUACUGAAGCACUUGCCAGCGAUCACGGCCUUCACGUAUAGCAACCCGGCAAGCUACGAGAGGCUCGUUGAUGGCUGCUGGGCCGGCGGAAGGUGGGUCGCCUGGGGCACCCAGAACCGCGAGACGGCCCUCAGAAAGAUUGAGGGCAGCCACUGGGAGCUGAAGACCCUGGACGGGCUCGCCAAUCCGUACCUGGCUCUCGGAGCGGUGCUUUCCGCGGGGACUCGCGGCGUCGUCGCCAGGGAGAAGCUCAUCUGGGGAGACUGCGAGAUAGACCCCGCUAACCUGACAGACAACGACAGGAAGGAGCUCAAUGUGACCCAGCUGCUCCCCGGCAGCGUGGGGGAGGCGCUGGAAGCGCUGAAGGCCGACGAGGAGUUGACGGGUUAUCUGGGCCGCGAGCUCAUUGAGCGGUACGCUGCAGUGAAGGAGGCCGAGCUGAAUAUGCUGAGCGAUAUGGGGGAGGAUAAGCGACGGGAGUGGAUCCUGGAACGAUACUGACGGGCAUUCUGGCAUCUUCUUCACUUCUUGCUCACAGCCCCAUUUUUGCCGCUUUCUCGUUCCUAUGUUGGGGGGGGGGUGGUUUAUCUUUGGAGUUGUCAUGAAAAUAGUGAACCCCUGGCGCACCACAGUCGUUCCCUGAAAGUU